UCCAAGCCGGUGCGAGGCAAAGGCAGCAAGGGCCGGUGACUGUCACGUCUGCACCGAAGCCGGCACACAUCUGCACGGAAAAGAACUGCCGGCCUGGGGUCGCCCAACACUGCCGGCCGCCCCCCUAUCAGCGCGCGCGCACGCCCAGCCGGGUUGGCUCGCAGACACGCGCUCGCUCUGCCUCCCCCGGCCGUCCCCCGACGCCGCCGCCACCCCGACUCCCCCAGGGUCCCGCAUCCGGAAAGUGAGCCUCCGUUCUCCCUCCAGCCUGGCGGCCUGGUCCGACCUCCUGCGCGUCCCAUGCCAGCCCUCCUGCUCCUCGGGACCCUCCUGCUCCUGGCCUCCACUACCGGCCAGGCGGGGGCACUCCCGUCCAACGCCACGAGCGCCGAGCCCCCGGGUCCGCUGCCCGCCCUGCUGGCGCACCUGCGGCGCCUGACCGGGGCGCUGACUGGCGGCGGGGGCGCAGCGGGCCCAGGCGCCAAUGGCACCGGCACCAGGACCAGCACCCAGAGUGGGCCGGGCGCGGCGGCACGGGCGCCCCCUCCUGCCGAGCUCUGCCACGGCUACUACGAUGUCAUGGGCCAGUACGACGCCACCUUCAACUGCAGCACUGGUUCCUACCGUUUCUGUUGCGGCACCUGCCACUACCGCUUCUGCUGCGAGCACCGCCACAUGCGCUUGGCUCAGGCCUCCUGCUCCAACUAUGACACUCCGCGCUGGGCCACCACGCCACCGCCGCUGGCCGGGGGCGCCGGGGGCGCUGGGGGUGCGGGCGGGGGUCCCGGGCCCGGCCAAGCCGGAUGGCUGGAAGGGGGCCGGGCGGGGGGCGCCGGGGUGCGUGGGGGCGAGGGCCCCGGGGGCAGCACGGCCUACGUAGUGUGCGGGGUCAUCAGCUUCGCCCUGGCCGUGGGCGUCGGCGCCAAAGUGGCAUUCAGCAAGGCGUCCCGUGCGCCCAGGGCGCACCGGGAAAUCAACGUGCCCAGGGCUCUGGUGGACAUUCUGAGGCAUCAGUCGGGGCCUGGUACCCGCCCGGACCGGGCACGAAGCAGCUCCCUAACCCCGGGGGUCGGGGGUCCCGACAGCAUGCCUCCGAGGACGCCCAAGAACAUCUACAACACAGUGAAGCCCUCCAAUCUCGAUAAUCUGCACCACAACUACCUGCACCUCAACGUCAACAGCCCCCAACACCAUGCUGCCACGUUGGACUGGAGGGCCAUUCCACCGCCCAGCCCCUCCUUGCACUACUCCACGCUGUCCUGCUCUCGGUCAUUCCACAACCUCUCACAUCUGCCCCCAUCCUACGAGGCCGCAGUGAAAUCUGAACUCAACCGCUACUCCUCCCUCAAGAGGCUGGCCGAGAAGGAUCUGGAUGAGGCCUACCUGAAGCGCCGGCACCUGGCGGAGAUGCCCCGCGGGACGCUGCCCCUGCACACACUUCGGCGACCUGGCACAGGGGGCGGCUAUCGAAUGGAUGGCUGGGGUGGCCCUGAGGAACUGGGCCUGGCACCUGCGCCCAACCCGCGGCGUGUCAUGUCCCAGGAGCACCUGCUGGGUGACGGGGGCCGCUCGCGCUACGAGUUCACACUGCCGCGAGCGCGCCUCGUGUCCCAGGAGCACCUGCUUCUGUCCUCACCGGAGGCCCUGCGCCAGAGCCGCGAGCACCUCCUGUCACCCCCGCGCAGCCCCGCUCUGCCUCCGGAGCCCACCGCCCGUGCCAGCCUGGCCGCUUCCCACUCCAAUCUGCUGCUGGGGCCCGGGGGGCCCCCCACCCCCCUGCACGGGCUGCCUCCACCACCUAGCCUGCACGCGCACCACCAUCACGGCCUGCACGGCUCGCCGCAGCCCGCCUGGAUGUCAGACACCGGCGGAGGCGGCGGCACGCUGGCCCGUAGGCCGCCCUUCCAGCGCCAGGGCACACUGGAGCAGCUGCAGUUCAUCCCCGGCCAUCACCUGCCCCAACACCUGCGCACUGCCAGCAAGAAUGAGGUGACUGUCUGAGUGUCUGAGGCCGGGCCCGGGGCUUGGGGGCUGCAGCCUCCCGGGCCCCCAUUCCAGCCUGCAUCCCCCAGCACACUCCAGGGGCCUGGAGCCCAGAUCAGAGGUGGUAGGGGGCUGCCUUCAAGGACACUGUUUGGAUGAAAUCGUCACCAGAGACAAAGCCUCUUUCUUGUAUGUCAUGGCAGACAAGAUCCCUCUUUCUAUAUCACAGUAUGAGGCAAGGCCUCCUUCCUAUGAUGUCAUCACAGAGGAAGAUGUCUGUGAGGUCAUCACUAUGGAAGAUGUCUGUGUUUAUCACAGGGACAAAAACUCCUUCCCAUGAGGUCAUCACAGAGGAACAGGCCCACACUUAACUAGAGGCUAUGUCUAUGUUCCAUGAUGUCAUCACAAAGACUUCCUUCCUGUGAUGUCAUAAAAGAAAUAAUGCUUUGUCCUAUGAUGUCAUCCCUAGAUACAGAGAGUCCGUCUUAUGAUGUCACUGCAUAGAUAAGUUUCAAUCUAUGAUGUCAUCUCUGGCAACAGAAGUCCUCUUUUGACAUCAUCACCAGGAAAAUAUUUUCUUCCAAAGAAGAUGCCUCUGUCUGUGAUGUCAUCACUACAGACAAAGCCACCUUCCUGGGACACAUCCCAGGGGAAAAAGCCUGGCCAACUGUGUCCUCACUAGACAUAAGGCCUCCUUUCUAUGACAUCAUCACAGAGAUUCUGCUUCCUUUUUGUGAUGCCAUUGCCAGAGAAGGUGCCUUGCCCUAUGAUGUCAUGAGAGGGAUUGCCUCUUCCAUGAUGUCAUCACUGGAGAUGACAGCCUGCUUUUGGGACAUCUCCAGGAUGAGGCCCCUUCUGCGAUAUCUCUGAGAUGACUCUGCCUGCUCUGAGACAUCACCAGGAGACCGCCACUGCUGCUGCCAUGUCACAGAAAGGCAGGGGAUGCCGAGGCCAUGGCCAUCCUGGGGGCACCAGAGAAAGUGCCCCAGCCUGAGAUGUCAUCUGAGGGAUGUUAUCACUGGGAAGGCUGCCCCAUCUGGAGAGGUCUCUGCCAGAGAUGACGGUCUGUCUCCGGGUUGCUGGUAGUGAGCCGCCACACCACUGGAGGCUCUGCCCCAGCGCUGUGAUGUCAUCCCCAGAGACACCGCCUGCUUUGGAAGGCCGUCACUUGUGAUGGUAUCGCCGGUCUCUGCCUUGUCCCUCCGUGACUUAGCUUGGUUGCUCCUUCUCCUGACCCCACGGACAUGCCCUGCAGGAGCUCCACCAGACCUUCCCCUAAAGGGAAUUUGGGCCACAGGUCCUACCCCUGUGUAGUGAGGUCACCUCCUGUGUGACUCCCGGAGGACAGCACUCCCAGACUGGCUUCUGCUCCCAAUGAGGCCACUCUGGCCCACCAGGCUCCUGGAGUCCUCAGACUCAUAGGUGGCCAAAAGGCUAGCGCCACUUCUCUCUGCCAAAACUACAGACACCAUCGCCUCUGUAAACAAGUCCUGGCCUCCGGCUGCAGGGUGGGGGGAGGUUAGGAUAUGCCUGCUGCUGCUCUAGUUGAUGACAUCAGCAGCACCACAAGACUUCCACCACUCCUGAUGGCACUGCACCUGGGGUCAAAUGUCAACCAUGCCUAAUGAUGACAUCAUUUCCCAGGAUUCCCUAUGACCUAUAGUGUCUUCAUCUCCCAGAAUCCACCACAACUAGGGUAUCAUUCUCUUUCAGGAUUUACCAUAACUAUAGUGUCACCUUCUCCCAAGAUUCCCUAUAGUCAAUGGUGUCACCAUCUUCCAUGAUUCUCCACAAUUAUGAUGUCAUCAUGUCCCAGAAUCCACCAUGACCAAUGAUGUCAUUCCAGAAUCCACUAUAGCUGAUGGUAACAUCUUCUACCAGGAUCCACUAGGACUGAUCAUGCCAAAACUUCCUAUAGUCCCCCAUAACUGGUGUCAUCAAUCUUCCAGGAUCCACUUCAACCAUGUCUUCACACCCCAGGAUCCACCAUAACCCUGA